CUAAAGUAGCGUUCAUGUGUCACUCACUGCCUGCUCCACUGGAGGAAAAACACGACACAACACAGAUCAUCCCAGUGGAGAAGCACUCCUCGAUUCAACCAAUGGCUGUUUGAGAAAUAGUAUUCGCCCUCCAGUGACACUCCCGCCUCCCUUUCACUGCCUGGUCCACACCCCUCUCUUCGUCUUGGCCAGUCCAGUUCUGUCCUUCUUAACCUACUCCUCACUAUCUGGUGCAGACAAGAAUCACUCUGCCUUCAUAACAUCCCUGGUAGCUGCUCUGAAGGAUUUUUAGCCUUCAGCCUAAAGUCAGAAUGGUUGCUGAGGCGGACUCCGUGUCUCAGGGCAGUGGUGUGCGGCUGAAGCAGGAGAUCUCCCUCCUGCACGGUGUCUGUCUCAUCGUGGGAAAUAUGAUCGGCUCUGGCAUCUUUGUUUCACCAAAGGGCGUUCUCAAGUACACUGGUUCAUUUGGCCUGUCCCUCAUAGUCUGGGCCAUUGGUGGGAUAUUUUCUGUGAUUGGGGCAUUGUGCUACGCUGAGCUGGGCACCACCAUCCGUAAAUCUGGAGCCUCCUACGCCUACAUCCUGGAAGCCUUUGGAGGUUUUUUGGCUUUUAUUCGACUGUGGACGUCAUUGCUGAUUGUGGAGCCGGCUUGUCAGGCAGUGAUAGCCUUGACCUUCUCCAGCUAUCUGGUUCAGCCCUUCUACCCAACCUGUUUAGCCCCCUACAAUGCCGUCCGCCUCAUCGCUGCCGCAAUCAUAUGUUUGCUGACUUGUGUGAACUGUAUGAAAGUGAAAUGGGGGGCUAUUCUUCAGGUCAUCUCCACUGUAGCCAAGGUUCUAGCCCUCAUCGUCAUCAUCAUUACCGGCAUGGUGAAGCUGGCACAAGGUUUUGACCAAAACUUUGAGGACUCAUUCAGAGGCUCCAAAGUGAACCCUGGUGACAUGGCCUUGGCCCUCUAUUCAGCACUCUAUUCCUACUCUGGCUGGGACACACUCAACUUCAUCACAGAGGAGAUCAAGGACCCCGAGAGGAAUCUGCCCUUGUCCAUCGCCAUUUCUAUGCCUAUUGUCACAGUGAUCUACAUCUUGACCAACAUAGCUUACUACGUCGUCAUGGAUGCAGACAAAGUGCUCAGUAGUGAAGCUGUUGCUGUGACCUUUGCUGAUGAGGUGCUGGGCUGGGCUCGGUGGCUGAUCCCUCUGGCUGUGGCCAUUUCCUGCUACGGAGGCCUCAACUCCUCCAUCAUCGCUGCCUCCAGGUUGUUUUUCGUUGGUUCCAGAGAACGCCACCUGCCUAAUGUCCUGUGCAUGAUCCACAUUCAGCGCUUUACUCCAAUUCCAGCUCUGCUUUUUAAUGGUGCCAUGUCGCUGCUCUACCUGAUCGUGCCCGACGUCUUCCAGUUGAUCAACUACUUCAGUUUUAACUACUGGUUGUUCAUCGGCCUGUCAAUCGCAGCCCAGAUCUACCUUCGAUUCAAAGCUCCUGACUUGCACCGACCUAUUAAGCUGUCUUUGUUCUUCCCAAUCGUCUUUUGCUUGUGCACCGUAUUCCUUGUGGUGGUGCCCCUCUACAGCGAUACCAUCAACUCUCUGGUGGGAAUAGCUGUGGCGCUGUCUGGUGUACCAGUCUACUUCAUUUGCAUCCACCUGCCGCCCACUUCCAGACCAGCUUUCUUUGGCAAAGUAAUCGAUAAGAUCUCUCUAUACACCCAGAAAAUUUGCAUGUGUUGUGUGGCCUCGCCUGAUAUUGAUCUGGACAACAUCGACCCUGAAAAGAUCGAGUGACCAAGGACCAAGGACUCUAUGAAGUACUAUAUGGAGGGAUGUAUGAGAAAGAAUGAACAGAUGAAUAGAGCUGUGAGCUGCAGACAAUCAGGAGUUGGAUAAAUGAGGCUUGAUUUAUUCAAAGAAAAAAUUGAGAGAUGAGAUCAACGCACCUUUCCUCCUCCUCCUCUCAUACAUGAGCCAUAUGAAUAAAGGAGCAGGAUUUUACUUAUACUUUUACUUUUGUACACAAUAAUCUGUCCAACAGACAACACCCUACAAAUAAUCUUGGUGGACCUCCUGCACAUUCACGUUUGAACACAGUACAGUAUUGGUUGUGUGAUUUCCUUCCACACAUGCUCACACACUGCAUCUCACUCACACGCACGCAC